GCAGCCGCGCUUCCCCUUCUUCUGCUUCCCGCCCUCCCCCGCUCCUCCACUCCGUCCCUCUCCGCCCCGCAACCUCCCCAAAUCCUCCCAACCCCGCGCCGCGCGUCGCACCGAAACCCUAAUCCUGUCCCGUCCGAUCGCCGUGUAAGCACCAAUGGCGGGGCCUCCCCGCCCAGCGCCGGCCGCUCCGCCCGUCCGCCGUUCCGCCCGCCUCCGCCCACAGGCGACCCACCAGCCCCCCUGCUCUCCCCCGCCACCGUCCCCGCCGGCCGCGGCGGGGUCUCCAGGAGGAACGGACCCCCGACGGUCGGUGCGCAUCAGCGUCCGGACUCGCGUCCGUGGCCUCCCCUCGGCGGCGCCGUCGUCCUCGCGGAUACGGCGCAAGUCCCCCGCGGCGCCUCUGCGGCGGACAGUACAGGCAUGCGCGGAGGAGUGGGGGGCAGCGAAGGCCGCGUCAGGCGCCCCGGCGGAGGAGUGCGUCCUCCCGUUCCUCCAGAAAGGCGCGCCGAGGAAGGUACGUGCCACUGCCAGGCCGGCAAUUCAGUUACCAACUUGUGUCAAACAGGACUUUGAUGACAACGAAAAUGUUAGGUUUGCUAGAAACGGGAUGAACUGAUAAAUGGGGGUGAUUGUCUGGUGGCACGGAACUCGGGACAGAGACCGAAAGGGGAACAUGGUUUGGAACAAAGAACAAUGAGUCUCAAUGCGGUUAUUAGUACUCCACACUGAGAGCAAAUGAUACACUAGAUGGAUUUGGAUACCACCAUAGAAAUUGGAGAGUAAACAAGAACUGUGACAAAGAUGUGCAAAUCAGUGGAAUAAGGGUUAUAUCUGAAUAGGGACAUCACCACACUAGAAAAUGUGAGGUGGUUAUUCAUUUUAUAGGACAAUUGGACUGAGGGCACACACUGUUUCCGAUAGUUGCUCACAACUAAAGAGCAUGGAGUACUUCAGAAACAUGUUACAAAAUGUUAAAUUGAGUUCUAUAACAUUAACCAUAUGAACUGGACGAAUAGUGGCAUCUCAAGUUAUGUAUGCAGAGCACAUAUGGAAGAAUUUAGCUCUAUGCCAGAAAAAGAAGCUACAGCACACAGGAGGAACUAUGUGUCUUUUCAGUUAAGGUAGGAGAUGAGACUCAAACUCUUGAGCCCAACGACAUCACCUAAGUGCGUGUAACCUGAAGAAACUGAUUUUUUUGAAGAGGGUAGAUUUUCUUAGGAAAUAUGGAUGCCUUCCAAAGUAUAUGUUCCUGGAAUGUUCUUUGGACAAGAUGCUUUGACAACCUGUAUAAAAAGUGACUGCAUAUGUGAUCACCCAACUCUGAUAGAACUGACAGAAGAAGGCUGUAAUAUUGAGAGUUCAGUUAAACACAAGUGUUGUGCCGUUGCUUGUAUUCAUUCUCUGUAGCUCUGGUUGCUGAUAAAUAAGGGAACAAUAAUCCUGGAAUAUGCUAUAAAUCUUGUAAUAAGGGACAUCAAGGUGAUCAGGGUAUGGAAUCUUCUGCAUAGAAACACAGUCAGACUCUUAUAAGUUAAUUAAAUAUUAGGUGAAAGCUUGGUCGAGAAAUGAAGGAAGGAUGCCAAGUAACACUUCCUAUAGGAUUCUGAUCCACUUUAAAGCUUCUGAAUAUAGGAUACCAAUAUCAAGUGAUUCUGUUCACACAGUAUUUUAAUGUGUACUCCGGAUGUUACCAAGGUAGUGUGAGUGUGAUUCCCUACUGAUUCUCUAAAAGAAGGAAUCUUUAAAAUCCUUUGGAUUUAGGUUGAAUGCCUGAUUUGCUCGAGGAGUAUCCUGCCCGAUGAAAGGACGCGAUGCUCAGGUCAUCACUGUGAAGUAACCUUGCAUAAGGCCUGUUCUGAACAAAGUGAUGGAAGCUGCCCUCGACAUAUAUGUUUUCACUGCAAAAGGAGAACAACUUGGCACCGGCUGAAACAUGUAAUGCCUGCAUGUACACAAUGUUCGCUGCAUCAAAACAGAAUGACUGGGUCUGUUGAUCCUUCAAAGCUAAUGAUAAGUUGGAGUAUUUGGCCAUCAACGAGUGAGGGUGCAGGUCCAGCAUAUAACAUUGAGGAAGCCUUCCGGCGAUUACCUCUCCCGUAUGCUGAUCAAGAGUUCAAUAUUAACCCUAUUAGGAAGGAGGAGUUGGAAAGUGUGACAAAACCACCUCCAUAUGUACAUUUGAAGCAUAAUGUGUAUUUUGUCAAGAAGAAAUGUGAUGGUGAUGUCAUUGAAGCUAAAUGCAGCGAUUGUGACCCUCCUCUGACCUGUCAAAUAAGAUGCUCGUGCAGGUCUGUGUCCAUUAGCUGCUCUCAGGCUUGCAAGUGCUCAAAUAAGUGCAGUAACAGACCAUUUCGCAGAGAGAAAAGGAUCGGGGUUGUUAAGACACAACAUUGUGGAUGGGGUGCCAUAGCAUUGGAAACCAUUGAGGAAGGUGAUUUUGUGAUAGAGUUUGUCGGAGAAGUUAUAGAUGGCGCGAGAUGUGAAGAGAGGCUUCAAGACAUGAAAAAGCGCCGAGAUCAAAAUUUCUACAUGUGUAAAGUCAACAACAACUUUAUAAUAGAUGCAACAUUCAGAGGAAAUGAUUGUCGCUUUUUUAACCACAGCUGCAGACCUAACUGUCAGUUGGAGAAUUGGCAAGUAAAUGGCAAGACAAGGUUAGGUGUGUUUUCUUUACAGGGUAUACAAGUGGGUGAGCCCUUGACCUACAAUUACAGGUACAUGAGAGACUCAAUCAGCCUAUCAUUUCAUAUACGUUUUUCUGUUAUGUACUUCUCCCUCCUUUUAUAAUGUAGUGCAUAUAGAUUAUAUGAAGUCAAACUUAGCUAUAUCUAGAAUAUCAAACAUAUACAAUAUGAAAACUUAACUCACAAUGUAUCCAAUGAUAUGCAUUUGGUAUUCUAAAUGUAAAUAUUGUUCUCUGUAAACAUGGUCAAAAUUUGCAAAGUUUGACUUUUGGAAAAAAUCUAUACACACUACAUUAUGGAAUGGAGGGAGUACUCACAUUGACGUUUGGUAUAAUUUGUAUGCAUUCUAACACCAGCAGAUCAUUUACAACGUUAAUUUGUGUAGCCAUACAGAUGCUUAGUUGGAUCUUUAUCCUGACUAAACCAUACACCUUUAGAGAAUAAACGAUAUGUCUCUUAUCAUUUUUCCUUUUCUGGUGCUCCACUGUAAAAAAAAAAUCUGGAUUCCGUUUUAUGUUUCAGCAUUUGUACUUUGUUUUCCUGGCUUUACAUUGGUCAAUAAAAACUGACACCAUAGAUAAAUAAAAUAAAAUCCUAAUGAUAGCACUAGGUUUACCUGGAAAGGAUAUGUCAGCAGUGGUGAUGCUAAAUCCAGUAUCCCUCGGUGUCAACUGUCAAGUGUCAACCUUUCUGAAAUCUUCCAAACUUCAAGUAUUCUGAUGCAAUAUAAGUUCAACAUAGCGGCAAUUUGCAUGUGGCACCGCAAUAUUAAUUCUCCAGAGGCAUCAAGCACUAAUUGUUACUAUAGUUUUAAGUUCUUGUGUAUUCCACGGCAUUUGUUAACACAGUAAUGGUUGAUUACUUGUUGACAAAAAACUUAGGGCCGAGACAUUAUUGCGACUGUGCAUAGGCAGAGUUCAGUGUAAAAUGGUACACCCUCCGGCUCAUAAUAUAAGAUGUUUUUGACUUUAGUGUAGUAUCCAAAAACAUCUUACAUUAUGGGACCGAGGGAGUAAAAGAUAGCCAGAUUAACCGCCUCCAAACCAACUAAACCGGGGAAGCUGAAGCAGAAAUGCAAUUCUCGCCCUAGAUUCUGGAUUUAUCUUUGACACAUAGCACUGAACCUGAGUAAAAUAUUUAGCAUUGGGGAAGCACUAAAAAACUUCUCCUAUAUUGCUUCACUUGGAAAAUUAGUGUUGCAAAUACACAGAAGAGAUGAUCUAGUGACCUCACGAUAGAUGUUUUAUGAUGUACAUCUCAAAUUUUUUUGGGUCCAUCUUGUAGCUUCCAGCAGCAUUUUGGUCCACAGACGGAAUGUUUCUGUGGCGCUGAAAACUGCCGAGGGAAGCUGUGAUAGGUAAAAAGACUGACCGAGGGAAGGUAGAUAACAGCUCUGACCGAGGGAAGCUGUGUCUCAAUGCAAAAGUACAUAGCAGGAAAUGGAAUGUAUAGCGAAGAUUGAUUCAGCAGCUUGGUACCCACUCUUCUUCCAAGUGUACAGGUUUUACUCCAUAAAAAGUCUGAACAUAGUAUAACAGAUGCCGAGAGCAAACUGUUUAGUUAGUUCUUAUCUCAAAUAGCAGUCCAGUUUAGUCAUUCUGGAUUGCGAAGUUGAAUCUCUGCUUUUCUCCAUCAGAUAUGUAUAUGCAUCAUUGUGUUUCAUGCUCUAUCUUUCAAAGUUUAACAAAAUCACAGCGCCAAAGAUGAGGCAACGAAAACCGGAAAACCAUUUGCACGGAAUAGCCAUUGUAUCACUGCAUCUUAUUACACACUACACCAUUUACAGACAACUGAACACAUACGCAGCGCAAUUGACCUCCGCUCGAUCUUUGGCUGAAAACUCAAACUACGACGACACAACAAGAUUAAGCAAGGCUAAUUGAGAGCAGGAGAGCUCGCAAGACAACUAG